CCGCGGGGCGGGGCCAGGGAGGGUGCGCGGCGGCGGCGGGGUGGCUGGGCCGGCGGCGGCGGCGGUACGAGGCGCGCGCUCGGGGUCCCGGUCGCGAGGAGGAGGAGGAUGUGGCGCGCGGAGGGGAAAUGGCUGCCGAAAACAAGCCGGAAGGGCCGAGUUUGAGGCUGAGCCUCCAGCGUAUGGCAUCUUUCGAGCCUCCUGUAGUUGAUGAAUGAGCGUUUCCCAAAGUGUAUUCUGCGGAACUAGCACCUACUGUGUUCUCAACACCGUGCCACCUAUAGAAGAUGAUCAUGGGAACAGCAAUAGUAGUCAUGUAAAAAUCUUUUUACCGAAAAAGCUGCUUGAAUGUCUGCCGAAAUGUUCAAGUUUACCCAAAGAGAGGCACCGUUGGAACACUAAUGAGGAAAUUGCAGCUUAUUUAAUAACAUUUGAGAAACACGAAGAAUGGCUAACCACCUCCCCUAAGACAAGACCACAGAAUGGCUCAAUGAUACUCUACAACAGGAAGAAAGUGAAAUACAGGAAAGAUGGGUAUUGCUGGAAAAAGAGGAAAGAUGGGAAAACGACCAGAGAGGACCACAUGAAACUGAAGGUCCAGGGAGUGGAGUGCUUGUACGGCUGCUAUGUCCAUUCCUCCAUCAUCCCCACCUUCCACCGGAGGUGCUACUGGCUCCUUCAGAACCCCGACAUCGUCCUGGUGCACUACCUGAACGUGCCCGCCAUCGAGGACUGUGGCAAGCCCUGCGGCCCGGUCCUCUGCUCCAUCAACACCGACAAGAAGGAGUGGGCGAAGUGGACCAAGGAGGAGCUCAUUGGGCAGCUGAAACCCAUGUUCCACGGCAUCAAGUGGACCUGCAGCAACGGGAACAGCAGUUCAGGCUUCUCGGUGGAGCAGCUGGUGCAGCAGAUCCUUGACAGCCACCAGACCAAGCCGCAGCCGCGGACCCACAAUUGCCUCUGCACUGGCAGCUUGGGAGCGGGCAGCAGCGUGCACCACAAGUGUAACAGUGCCAAACACCGCAUCAUCUCGCCGAAGGUGGAGCCACGGACUGGGGGGUACGGGAGCCACUCGGAGGUGCAGCACAAUGACGUGUCCGAGGGCAAGCACGAGCACAGCCACGGCAAGGGCUCGAGCCGCGAGAAGAGGAACGGCAAGGUGGCCAAGCCGGCCUUGCUGCACCAGAACAGCACCGAGGUCUCCUCCACCAACCAGGUGGAGGUCCCCGACACCACCCAGAGCUCCCCUGUGUCCAUCAGCAGUGGGCUCAACAGCGAUCCCGACAUGGUGGACAGCCCCGUGGUCACAGGCGUGUCCAGCAUGGCGGUGGCCUCCGUGAUGGGGAGCUUGUCCCAGAGCGCCACAGUGUUCAUGUCUGAGGUCACCAACGAGGCCGUGUACACCAUGUCCCCCACCGCUGGCCCCAACCACCACCUCCUCUCACCCGACGCCUCUCAGGGCCUCGUCCUGGCCGUGAGUUCCGACGGCCACAAGUUCGCCUUCCCCACCACGGGCAGCUCGGAAAGCCUGUCGAUGCUGCCCACCAACGUGUCCGAAGAGCUGGUCCUCUCCACCACCCUCGACGGUGGCCGGAAGAUUCCAGAAACCACCAUGAACUUUGACCCCGACUGUUUCCUCAAUAACCCAAAGCAGGGCCAGACGUACGGGGGCGGGGGCCUGAAAGCCGAGAUGGUCGGCACCAACGUCCGGCACUCGCCACCAGUGGAGAGGGGCUUCAGCUUCACCGCCGUCCUCACCAAGGAGAUCAAGACCGAGGACACCUCUUUCGAGCAGCAGAUGGCCAAAGAAGCGUACUCCUCCUCCGCGGCGGCUGCGGCCUCCAGCUCCCUCACCCUCACUGCGGGCUCCAGCCUCCUGCCGUCAGGCGGGGGCCUGAGUCCCAGCACCACCCUGGAGCAGAUGGACUUCAGUGCAAUAGACUCCAACAAGGACUACACAUCCAGCUUCAGCCAGACCGGCCACAGUCCCCACGUCCACCAGACCCCCUCCCCCAGCUUCUUCCUGCAGGAUGCCAGCAAACCCCUCCCCAUCGAGCAGAAUGCCCACAGCAGCCUGAGUGACUCUGGAGGCACCUUUGUGAUGCCCACGGUAAAAACAGAGGCCUCGUCACAAACCAGCUCCUGCAGCGGCCACGUGGAGACCCGGAUAGAGUCCACUUCCUCCCUCCACCUCAUGCAGUUCCAGGCCAAUUUCCAGGCUAUGGGGGCAGAAGGGGAGGUCACCAUGGAGACCUCACAGGUGGCUGAAGGGGGUGAGGGCCUGAUCAAGUCUGGGGAGCUUCAGGCCUGUAGCUCUGAACACUACCUGCAGCCCGAGCCCACCGGGGUGAUCCGCAGCGCCGGGGGCGUCCCCAUCCUCCCGGGCAAUGUGGUGCAGGGACUCUACCCCGUGGCCCAGCCUGGCCUCGGCAAUGCCUCCAACAUGGAGCUCAGCCUGGACCACUUUGACAUCUCCUUCAGCAACCAGUUCUCUGACCUGAUCAACGACUUCAUCUCCGUGGAGGGGGGCAGCGGCACCAUCUACGGGCACCAGCUGGUGUCGGGGGAGAGCACGGCCCUCUCGCAGUCGGAAGACGGGGCCCGCGCCCCCUUCACCCAGGCGGAGAUGUGCAUCCCCUGCUGCAGCCCCCAGCAGGGGAGCCUGCAGCUGAGCAGUGCCGAGGGCGGGGCUGGCACCAUGGCCUACAUGCACGUCGCCGAGGUGGUCUCAGCCGCCUCGGCCCAGGGCACCCUGGGGAUGCUGCAGCAGAGCGGACGGGUGUUCAUGGUGACCGACUACUCCCCAGAGUGGUCGUACCCGGAGGGAGGUGUGAAGGUUCUCAUCACAGGCCCAUGGCAAGAAGCCAGCAAUAACUACAGCUGCCUGUUCGACCAGAUCUCAGUGCCUGCGUCCUUGAUUCAGCCCGGCGUGCUGCGCUGCUACUGCCCAGCCCAUGACACUGGUCUUGUGACCCUACAAGUUGCCUUCAACAACCAGAUCAUCUCCAACUCAGUGGUGUUUGAGUACAAAGCUCGGGCCCUUCCCACGCUCCCUUCCUCCCAGCAUGAUUGGCUGUCAUUGGACGAUAACCAGUUCAGGAUGUCCAUCCUAGAGCGACUGGAGCAGAUGGAAAGGAGGAUGGCUGAGAUGACGGGGUCCCAGCAGCACAAACAGGGGAGCGGAGGUGGCGGCAGUGGAGGGGGCAACGGGAGCGGGAACGGAGGAGGUCAAGCUCAGUGCGCUUCUGGCCCUGGGACGCUGGGGAGCUGCUUUGAGAGCCGCGUGGUUGUCGUAUGUGAGAAGAUGAUGAGCCGAGCCUGCUGGGCCAAGUCCAAGCAUUUGAUCCAUUCAAAGACUUUCCGUGGAAUGACCCUCCUACACCUGGCUGCGGCCCAGGGCUAUGCCACCCUAAUCCAGACCCUCAUCAAAUGGCGCACAAAGCAUGCAGACAGCAUUGAUUUGGAACUGGAAGUUGACCCCUUGAAUGUGGACCACUUCUCCUGUACUCCUCUGAUGUGGGCAUGUGCCCUAGGGCACUUAGAAGCUGCCGUCGUGCUAUACAAGUGGGACCGUCGGGCCAUCUCUAUUCCUGACUCUCUAGGAAGGCUGCCUUUGGGAAUUGCCAGGUCAAGGGGUCAUGUGAAAUUAGCAGAGUGUCUGGAGCACCUGCAGAGAGAUGAGCAGGCUCAGCUGGGACAGAACCCCAGAAUACACUGUCCUCCAAGCGAAGAGCCUAAUACAGAUAGCUGGAUGACCCAGUGGCACAGCGAAGCCAUCAACUCUCCAGAAAUACCCAAAGGAGUCACCGUUAUUGCAAGUACCAAUCCAGAGCUGAGAAGACCUCGGUCUGAACCCUCUAAUUACUACAGCAGUGAGAGCCACAAAGAUUAUCCAGCUCCCAAAAAGCAUAAAUUGAACCCUGAGUACUUCCAGGCAAGGCAGGAGAAGCUGCUUUCCACUGCACUGAGUCUGGAACAGCCAAAUAUCAGGAAGCAGAGCCCUAGUUCUAAGCAGUCUGUCCCCGAGACAAUCAGCCCCAGUGAAGGAGUGAGGGACUACAGCCGGGAACUCACCCCUCCCACUCCAGAGACUGCAGGAUUCCAAGCCUCUGGAUCUCAGCCUGUAGUAAAGUGGAAUUCCAAAGAUCUUUACAUUGGUGUGUCUACAGUACAGGUGACUGGAAAUCCGAAGGGGACCAGUGUAGGAAAGGAUGCCGCACCUUCACAGGUGCGUCCACGGGAACCAAUGAGUGUCCUGAUGAUGGCUAACAGAGAGGUGGUGAAUACAGAGAUGGGGUCCUACCGUGAUAGUGCAGAAAACGAGGAAUGCUCACAACCCAUGGAUGAUAUACAGGUAAACAUGAUGACCUUGGCAGAACACAUCAUUGAAGCCACACCUGACCGAAUCAAGCAGGAGAAUUUUGUGCCCAUGGAGUCGUCAGCAUUGGAAAGAACAGAUACUGCUGCCAUUAGCAGUACAAUGAGCUGGCUGGCCAGUUACCUAGCUGAUGUCGAUCAUCUGCCAAAUGCUGCCCAGAUCAGAAGUGCAUAUAACGAGCCUCUAACCCCUUCUUCUAACACCAGCUUGAGCCCCGUAGGCUCGCCAGUCAGUGAAAUAGCUUUUGAGAAGCCCAGCCUCCCCUCAGCCGCGGACUGGUCGGAAUUCCUGAGCGCAUCUACCAGUGAGAAGGUAGAGAAUGAGUUUGCUCAGCUAACUCUGUCUGAUCAUGAACAGAGAGAACUCUAUGAGGCUGCCAGGCUUGUCCAGACAGCUUUCCGGAAAUACAAGGGCCGACCUUUGCGGGAACAGCAAGAAGUGGCUGCUGCUGUCAUUCAGCGUUGUUACAGAAAAUACAAACAGCUGACAUGGAUAGCCUUGAAGUAUGCACUUUAUAAAAAGAUGACACAGGCUGCCAUCCUUAUCCAGAGCAAAUUUCGAAGUUACUAUGAACAAAAAAAAUUUCAGCAGAGCCGGCGUGCUGCCGUGCUGAUCCAGAAGUAUUACCGGAGUUAUAAGAAAUGUGGCAAGAGACGGCAGGCCCGCCGGACGGCUGUCAUCGUCCAGCAGAAACUCAGGAGCAGUUUGCUAACCAAAAAGCAGGACCAAGCUGCUCGAAAAAUAAUGAGGUUUCUCCGCCGCUGUCGCCACAGCCCCCUGGUGGACCAUAGGCUGUACAAAAGGGGGAUGAAUCUUUUUGGAACACAGUGGUGUGUGUUAAAUUGCAGACAACAUGCUCUGUGUCGUUCUUAUUGGGCCUCUCUGUCUUUUUUGUUUUGCAAUCCAAAUGAGAUUUCUGGAAAAUGGCAAGAUCUCUCUUUUCCUAAAUUCCCCACAAGCUAUUGCAGCUCUCAGAGCAACAGAGUGAAAGGAUUGAAAAAGGCCAAGGAACUUGAAGACACACAGCAGCAUCCCUUAGCAAUGUGACAUUGCUUUCCAGACUGUUUUCAUUUCUGUUUUUAGCAGAGACAUGCAACAACGACGACACACACGCACGCACAUGCACACACACACACACACACAUACACACACACAAUCCCUCUGCAGUUUUGGGGCGAUCAGCUGCAGGAUUUUAACAGGAAUGUUUUGGUCAUUGCAUUUGCACUUUCAUGGACAACUUUUAAUUUGAUCAGCAAGACAUCUUGGAACUCAAUCUUCUGUUGGAUCAUGGGAAAACAAGACACCACGAGGAAUCGAAAGAGGCUUCCUCUUCUUAGGAAGAAGCCGUUUUCCUUCUCAUAUAGGGCUGUAUUCAAACAUCGUGUGGAACUGUACAAAUAUUUAUACCAAAAAUAUAGAUAAGAAAAGGUGGGGAUGCACUAGCCGCAAAAGAGAAGGCUGUUCCUGCGCCUGCCAGUGAUUUCCAAGAAGCUGAAUCUUUGGAUUGAUUCUCGGUGGAGGGCUUAGAUCAUACCUUAUUGGGUCCGUGUGUUCUCAUUUCCUUCACUGUUUUUAUUUCAUUUUGUUUGUUUGUUUUUGUUUUAAUCUCUACAGCACACUUAAUGCAACUUUUAAAAUCUACAGGUUUUUAAUGUCUUGUGGAAAUUUGCAGAGGGGCGGGUGUGUGGUCAACGGGUAAUGCAUGGGAGAUCAUGAGAAACAGCUGACAGAGGUUAAACUUAUUUUCCUGUCCCCACCACCUUCCAAGGACCUGCGAGGAUAGUAAUCAUCUUGUCCCUUUUCUCAUGUCCAGCACUUUAAUUUUUUUGCCUUACUUUCACGUGCAAUGAGAAUUACUUAGAGAAUGGGUAAAGCAUGUAGCUUUUUUUAGUAACCUUGGAAACUGUAGUCAUUCUAAGGAGUCAUAAACUUUGCCUGGACAUUUACCACCUAAAAGAUCAGUGUGGUGCUGCGUUCUGGCCAGUAAAUUCCAUAUUUUUGGCUAUAUCUCAUCCAAACUGAGCAGUUUCUGUGUAUAUAUAGAAGGUAGAAAUGGAAAGUGAGAAAAUAUUUGAAAGGGAUUAUAUUAAUUGCUAAAUAUUUUAUUCACAAAGGUCAAUAACAUGGCAAGAUAAAAUUAUUUGUAUAGUUUUGUCUGAAUGAGCGAGAAAAAUGUGGAUGUAUUGUUUGUAUAUAUUGUAUAUAUUAAAACAAAGAGAUAUGUGCAUGAAAUCAAGAAAAAAGAAAAGAACAAAAGCAAAGCAUUAGUGGCUAUGGUCUGUAAAAUGAAACAAAAAAACUUUAUUUCACUAUAAGAGUACUUUAUUUUAAAUGUUCUUUAGAAGAACAUUUUGCUAAAGCAUGACUAAACUGCAAAAAAAAAAGAGCUACUGUAUUUAGACUUAGGAAAAAAGGCAGAGUAACAUUACUUAAAAAAAAGGAUAUGUUUACAUUUAAUUUUGGCUACCAGGAGUUUAUUUUAUUUUAUUUAAAAAAAUUUUUUUUGCCAAUGGUGCCAAGUAAUGUGAAUGCUAAUAUUGCUUAAGAAAAUUAAGUUAAUUUUGCUAAACGGAUAAUCAUAAGAUGAAUCAGUAUAUAGCUUAACACCGUCCACUCACUCCAACAAAGAACACUUAGAAUGAUCAAAACCUGACAAAAGAAAUAGUAUGAAAAGUAGAAAAAAUGUCUCAUGUUUUCAUAUCUCCUGCUGGAAAUCAGAAAAUGUAAUAAAGAAUUGCACAAAAAAUAGCUAAAAAUUAAAAAGAUGCAAACUGGUCUUGUAGGGAUGUCACGGUAUAUUACUAUUUCCACAUAAUGAGGAGCCAAAGAAAUCUGAUGCUUUUAAAAAUUAAACUACUCAUGUUAAAUUGAGAGAAUAAAGUUCGCAUUUGCUGAUGCCAGUUUAAAAUUCCCAGGUUAAAGUUUCAGAAUCAGUUGGUGUAAAGCUGAGAUAAUUGUUUUUUCUUGGUUCUGGCUGCCAACUGUAAGUUAAAAUUCAAGGCUUGUUGUGAAGCCUAAAAAUAUUCACAAGUACGCUUUUAAACUGGUGUCUUUAGAAGGAAGGUAGAUACAAAAAGAUUGUGGUAAAACUGGGGUCAGUGCUCUUGGUGCCUUUUCUAUAAUUGUACUUGUUUUUUAAUUACUUCCUUUCACUGCCAACCUCGAAUUACUGUACAGUAUACGUCUUACCGCUUGUGAUCAGCUUUGACAACAGUGACAGCCCCACAGUCAGUAGCCCCCUGUACAUGUGUAAACUGAGCUGACUCAAUUUUGUUUUUAAAUGUGUGGGUUAAGUUGCAGCUGUUGCAGUCCCCCAAACACCUAUUAUUUGACACAGUUUGGCCUAUAGGAGGACACUGAGUAAUUUACACACACACAAUUGCAUUCAUAAAUGGGAAUAGAAUGUGAAAGCCAGCUCUUUCAGAAUAUCCUAUAUUAAUACUGAAUUUAGAUAUGUUUAUUCCAUUUAUUAUGGUACAAAUAACUGAUCUUUCGACAAGAGUAAUGACCUCAGUGGAUUUGCUUUAACAAACCUCACAUUCAUUUAUUUAUUUUUUAAUGUUUCACAUGCUACAUUAUUAGCUGAGUAAGUUAGAAAAUUCUGGAAGAUAAAAACUUGCAUAGAAUUAGGAGGGUUCUUACGGAGGGGAUAGGAAGUAGGUUCAGAAUCUACCAGUGUAACCUACCGAUACAGGUGUGAAUCCUAGGUGAGGUGAGAAUGCACUUCCACUCAAACAGAGCAUUUCUGACCGCUUUUUCUUGGUUGUGAAUCUUAAUUUUGAAUAUAAGAUGAUAGGUAAGCGCAGCUUUCUUGGAUAAUCUGAAUUCCCAAGUGCCAGGAGUAGGAUUUCAUUAUAAAAUUAAUAGCUAAUCUUAUUCUGUCUCCUGAAGACUUAAUUGCUACUCUUGUUACCCAUUUGAAAUCAGCUGUACUGUGUGAACGAAAUAAAGACAAUAACUCGAACCCCUCUCUGGCUGCACGGUCGCUUAUGGCAGUUCCACACAGUAGUUGGCGCCCAAUGGGGGGUCCCUGAGACUUGCAUGUAAAACUAGUCUAGAUGUCUUCUUUUUUGUAAGUUUUAUUUUUGUAAUUGUGCAUGUAAAGCAUCAUUGAAUCAAUGGAUCUGUUGAAGAACUCAGCUGCUGGAAACCAUGCAAAAUGUUUUGAAUUGCCCUUAAAAUAUGGAAAAUGUUUUCUGAAUGCUUUAUAUUCUUUCUGCUGUAAAUUAAAAAUGAAGAAAAUUUCCCCAUA